ACGAAACCUUCAAUCAACAACGUGCCAAGAUCACGUUACGAUCUAACGACUGAUCUGCAUCUCUUGCUGGUCAGGAGCCCUGCAGUAGCGGAAUACGGAAUUGGCUCGCCGACAGCCUCCUUCAACCCGUGGUCUCCCAUUCAUCCACUUCCUUGACUGUGGAAAUCAUUGACAUUUGAAUUUUGUCUCUUGACUGAGUGUCGACUUUUGUCUUGCAAAUUCGCGUUCAUACUGGAGCGAUCGGCCAGGAUGUCGCGAGCGGUCCCCCAAAGGGAAUACCACAUUGUCGUUCUUGGCUCAGGUGGUGUUGGAAAGAGUUGUUUAACAGCACAAUUCGUACAAGGUGUAUGGAUAGAACGAUAUGACCCGACCAUUGAGGACUCGUAUCGAAAACAAAUCGAUGUCGAUGGUCGACAAGUAAUACUCGAAAUCCUCGAUACGGCCGGAACAGAACAAUUCACUGCCAUGCGGGAACUAUACAUGAAAUCCGGCCAAGGCUUCCUCCUCGUCUUCAGCAUAACCUCCUCCUCCUCCCUAAAAGAGCUCUCCGAACUCCGCGAACAACUCGUAAACCUAAAAGACGACCCAAACGUCCCCAUAGUUUUGGUAGGCAACAAAUCCGAUCUCGAAGAAGACCGUGCGGUUUCUCGAGCUCAGGCUUUUGCUGUUUCUUCGGGUUGGGGGAACGUGCCUUAUUAUGAGACUAGUGCGAGGAGGCGGCAGAACGUUACAGAGGUGUUUGUGGAUGUCUGUAGACAGAUUAUUCAUAGGGAUUUGCAGAGGGGGAGGAGUGGGGGUGGUGGGGGUGAGGAUAGGAGGAGGAGGAGGGAGGAUGAGGGGGAUGGGGAUAGGAGGAGGAGGAGCAGACGCAGGCAUAACAGGUGUGUCAUAUUAUGAGCUGCUCGCUUUUCUUCUUCUUUCCUUCCCUCUACGUCUCGUGUAUGCUGUCAGCUUUCAACCUUUCUUCUUUUGUCUCUUUUUCUCAUGGGUCAAGAACGGAUAUGCUGGGAUACAAUCCGACGGGAAAAGUUUGUCUUUGAAAGCAGUCACCAUAGUUUGACACUGUCUUGUGGAUACAUAUAUAUGAUUGAAGUACUGUACUUUUGCAGACCAUUAUACACGAAUUUGAGUAUAGCAAACGGGAUUGCUC